AGUUGAAAGAGUGGCCUCUCUCCGUUCUCAGACUCCAAAAAGAAGCAAUAAAGUAUUAAUUUUUUUGAUAGACCCAAUAAGGAUACACAGAUAGGGAAAAUGAGACUUACAAAUAUUGUUUUCAUAAAAAAAUAUAAUAUACAUACGGUCUGUGUUUUUUGUGGGGAGAUUUUGUUUGUUUUCUUGUUGAGAAAAUAUUGGGAAUUUAUGAGGCUCUAGAGCUUCAUUUGAGUAGCUCUGCUGUUUCUUCAGGUUGGCCUAGCAGAAACAGAAGACCCUUUUCAUGGCGGUACUGCUGGAAAUAUGUCCUUGUUUGUGAAGUUAUGAUGCUUUGCUCGUGGGUCUUAUCUGUUUGUGCCGCAGAAAUGAGCUUCUGAUUCAAGAUGGUAAUGGUGGAAGUGAGAGACUGUAAUAGAAGUCGGAGAAUUCCUCCAUAUCUUGGAUGUGUGUGUUCUGGCUUUCAUGCUGCUAUAGGAGGAUAACAAUGGAAGGUUCAUCUGAGUCUGCUUGGCAGAAUUCUGAUAGUUCUAGAGGAUUGAAUACUUCCGGAGUCUCAAACCGGAAUCCCAGGAUUGUUCAUGCCGGAAGAUUUGGCUUAUCGGGUGAUGCAUCACAGGAUUCUGAUUUAAGAAAGGAGAGAGAUAGGAUUGUGGUGGCACACACUGAUGACCUUAAAAACCAGGGUGGAUUAUCAGGGGUUUGUGAGGAUGAGGGGGCAGUUGAUCCUUUUGUCCGAGCUAUUGAAUGGGGUGAUGUUAGCUUGAGGCAAUGGUUGGAUAAACCGGAUCGAUCUGUUGAUGUAUUUGAAUGCGUGCACAUAUUUCGGCAAAUAGUGGAAAUUGUUCAUGUAGCGCACUCCCAAGGAAUUGUUGUUCAUAAUGUGCGGCCUUCCUGUUUUGUUAUGUCAUCUUUCAACCAUGUCUCCUUUAUUGAGUCUGCAUCUUGUUCAGAUUCUGGCACUGAUUCUCCCGAGGACAGCCCAACUGCGGAAAUUAAGGAUUUUCCCUCUCCUUUGCAUGGUGAUUUGCAUCAACAACAAUGCAACUUAGGAAGACUAAAUUUUCAAUCGAUGAGAACUUUAACAACUACCUUGUCAGAAACAAGUUGCAUGCAGUCAAGUUCAAUCUAUGCAGCACGUGAAUCGUUGGUACAAGAGAGUGAAGAAAAUAGAACCAGAGACAGGAAUGCUGAACUAGAAGAUAAGAGACAACCAUUUCCAAUGAAGCAGAUAUUGCUUAUGGAGAGCAGUUGGUACACUAGUCCCGAAGAGGUUUCUGGUGGUCCAAGUUUGUGUGCUUCAGACAUUUACCGAUUAGGAGUUCUUCUUUUUGAGUUAUUCUGCCCAUUCAGCUCAAGAGAAGAAAAAAGCAGCACCAUGUCUAGUCUGAGACAUCGAGUUCUUCCUCCUCAAUUGCUGCUGAAAUGGCCAAAAGAAGCUUCGUUUUGCUUAUGGCUACUGCACCCUGAGCCAAAUAGUCGGCCUAAAAUGGGUGAGUUGCAACAAAGUGAAUUCCUUAAUGAACCAAGAGAUGAUUUAGAAGAACGUGAAGCAGCAAUAGAGCUGAGAGAUAAAAUAGAGGAGCAGGAAUUGUUGCUGGAAUUCCUGUUGCUUAUACAACAAAGGAAACAGGAUGCUGCAGAUAAGUUGCAAAAUACUCUUUCUGUUCUUUGUUCUGAUAUUGAUGAAGUUAUGAAGCACCGAAUAAUAUCUAAGAAAAAAGGUAGUUCAGGCCCAGAACUGGUGAAGGAAGAUCAGUCAACCUCAAGUUUCCCAUCUAUGAAUAUUAAUGAUGAUGAUGAUUCUGCUAGUGGGUCCAGAAAACGAUCCAGACCAGGCAUCCGGCUUCACAACAUAGAGGAAUGUGAUGAUAAUUUGGAUUGUCAGAAGUCAGAUACUGAAAAUCAAGAAGGUACUCUUUUGAAAAGUUCUAGAUUGAUGAAGAACUUUAAAAAGCUAGAAGCAGCAUAUUUUUUGACAAGAUGCAGGUCGGUCAAGCAGUCAGCCAAACCCGUGACUAGACAUUCACCAAUGAGUAGUGAUGGUAGAGGUUCUGUUGUUGUAACUGAAAGAAGUUCUGUCAAUAAUUUGCCAUCAAAAGAACAGCACAGUGAAGGUAGACGAAGUGGUUGGAUAGAUCCAUUCCUUGAGGGUUUGUGCAAGUACCUAUCUUUCUCGAAAUUAAAAGUGAGGGCGGAUUUGAAACAAGGGGAUCUUUUAAAUUCUUCAAAUCUAGUAUGCUCACUUAGCUUUGAUCGCGAUGGAGAAUUUUUUGCUACAGCUGGUGUUAAUAAGAAAAUUAAAGUAUUUGAAUGUGACACAAUCAUAAAUGAGGAUCGUGAUAUCCACUAUCCUGUGGUUGAAAUGGCCAGCAGGUCAAAGCUAAGCAGUAUAUGUUGGAAUAGUUAUAUCAAGAACCAGAUUGCUUCAAGCAACUUUGAAGGUGUGGUGCAGGUAUGGGAUGUUACAAGAAGUCAAGUACUUAUGGAGAUGAAAGAGCAUGAGAGCCGUGUAUGGUCCAUUGACUUUUCAUCAGCAGAUCCAACAAUGUUGGCCAGCGGGAGUGAUGAUGGUUCUGUUAAGCUAUGGAGUAUCAAUCAGGGAGCAAGUAUUGGUACAAUAAAAACAAAGGCCAAUGUCUGCUGUGUACAGUUUCCUUUGGACUCUGGUCGUUCCCUUGCAUUUGGUUCAGCGGAUCAUAAAAUUUAUUACUAUGAUCUUCGUAAUUCAAAGAUUCCUCUGUGCACAUUGGUCGGCCACAGCAAAACCGUGAGUUAUGUUAAGUUUGUAGAUACAACGAAUCUUGUUUCUGCAUCCACUGACAAUACUCUGAAGCUUUGGGAUUUGUCAACGUGCACAUCUCGGGUCAUUGACACUCCAGUUCUAUCAUUUACCGGCCACACAAAUGUGAAGAACUUUGUGGGUUUGUCAAUAUCGGAUGGUUACAUUGCCACAGGCUCAGAGACUAAUGAGGUUUUCAUCUACCACAAGGCUUUUCCAAUGCCUACAUUAUCGUACAAGUUUCAGAACACAGACCCAUUUUCUGGCCAUGAAACAGAUGAUGCUGCACAGUUUAUCUCUUCUGUUUGUUGGCGCGGCCAGUCCUCCACCUUAAUUGCUGCAAAUUCGACCGGGAAUAUCAAAAUUUUGGAGAUGGUUUGAUUUGAUUUUAACCUUAUGCUCUCCGAGGUAAUUCUUGAAUCUGGCAGGAUGGGUGUUGGGAAGAAAAUGAAGUAAAAUAAUCUUAUGCCAGAGAAGCUUGUUAGCUCCUAGGCUUUAGAAGGUCAUAGGAACUCAUUGUUGCAAGCAACACAGUAAAUUUUGGUAUUAGAUCAUAGCGGGAUGUGGUUAAUGUGAAAAGUGAGAAUG